AUGCCGUCCAUCUCAGCGCCCUCCACUCCCGCUCUGGAGGCGGCGGAGCAACAACGGCGGGAGAGGUAUGCCAAUACGUUCUUUGACGAGAUGAACAGGCUCGUUUUCGGGCAUGGCUUGCCAAGCAAGACCGAAUUGAAGUGGAGCAAGAGGCUAUUGACGACCGCUGGGAAGGCGAACUGGCAUAGAUCCAGAGAAGGAGUCGACAGCACCAGGAUCGAUUUGGCUGUGAAGAUCCUCACUUCCGAUGAGCGCAUCCGCAACACGCUCUCGCAUGAGAUGUGUCAUCUUGCGAGUUGGAUCAUCAGUGAUGCUCCGACGGAGAAUCACGGCGACAUCUUCCAGGAAUGGGCGAAGAAGGUGAUGCGAGCACGUCCAGACAUUGAGGUCACGACGAAGCAUAACUACGAGAUCGAGUACAAGUAUGAGUGGAAGUGCCAGCAAUGCAACAAGAUCUACGGCCGUCAUAGCAAGUCAAUCAACCCCGAGGAAUGCGUCUGCGGCGCGUGCAGAGUCGGAAAGCUCAUCCCGCUGUUCACCACGGUGGCCCGUGCACCAAAAACACCUCGAAGUCAAGCGGGAAGCGCUAUGGCGUCCGUCAGAGGCCGGGCCUUCAGAUUGCGGGGGUACGCAAAUCACCACACCUAA